GUAGUUCUUAGCCAGUACUGGUUUUCAAGCCGGCACUGUUGAACCCUUCUGUAAACUUCGGGUACAACUUUUCAAAAUUCCAGUCCGAAUGUGCUCCGUUCGCCGGUCGUUGUAGGUAGUAUUUCUGUGAUAAUACGCCCUACUUGGGAUCGUUUUCUUCUCCGUCGAAUCGGGAAUUAUCAGAGCUUUAAGUUUCAAUAAUAAAACGAGCUUUCAAAGCCCUCGCCUUCUGCAGAUUCCCAGUUGGAAAACAAGACAGAAGUCAUCGAAAAGCGAGGUUCCAGACUUUUUCCCCCCAAUAGAAAUGGAGCUCACUAAUUGACACUUGAUUUUGAAUAGGAUGAAAUUAUAAUAAAAAAAUGUCAGAAGUUAAAAGAAUAGGCAAGGAUAAGAUAAUAUUUGCUUCUAAAGAAGAUCAUGCUACCCCGAGUACAGUUGUUUUACCUGAACCUGAGCAGCCUCCCGGCCUCAUACUCGAGGACGGCUCUAUCAACUGGAACUGCCCCUGCCUCGGAGGGAUGGCGACAGGCCCUUGCGGAGUACAGUUCCGGGAGGCGUUCUCCUGUUUUCACUACUCAACAGCCGAAACGAAGGGCAGCGACUGUGUCGAAGCGUUCACGGCAAUGCAGAUGUGCAUGCAGAAAUACCCAACUCUCUACGGCCCUGGCGACGAUGAUGAAGAGGCCAAAUUUGGAGUCGAGAAAAUCGAUGAAAAAAAAGACAAGACCGAACCCUCGUAAUCCAUAUUUAAAUAUUAUGACAAUUUCCAAUUUUCCACACACAAAAAGAAAAUUACUAAUUUCUUAGAUUGUCAUAUUUUAUUUAUAGCAGAAUACUUAAUAGUACAUGAACUAGUCUGUUAGUCUACCCUAGGAAAAUAAAUUAUAUGCCUAAUAAAGUUAAACAAUUUUU